AAAAGCUAUUCCUCAAGAUUCCUAGCGCUUAAAAGGGCUCCUAAGGCGAGAUCUGCUAAGAGCAGGGAAGAGGACUUUUAGUGGCUUAGGAGUUCCCCUAAGCAGCUGCACAAAAUGGCCAACAGAGGAGGCAGGAGAGAUGUCCUGCAAACACUGGAUGACAGGGAAUUAUUGAGAAGCUACAUAUUGUAUCGUGCAGGAAUCAUGUUUGUGGUGGAUCUCCUUAGAGAUGCAAUUACUUCACCAACUCGACGCCACAACGCUAUUACACCGGAGAAGAAAGUAAUCACAACCCUGAGGUAUUUGGCAACAGGGAAAAUGCAACAAUGCAGCAAUGACUUGGGUCUGUCCCAAUCCUCCGUCAGCAGAGUCAUCACCCAAACACUGACAGCUUUGUCACAACCUAAUAUUGUGACACAAUUUGUUUCAUUCCCGCUGGAUGCCCGCACUUUACACACACAUAAAAGGGCAUUUAUGGACAUUGCAGGAUUCCCUGGUGUAAUUGAUGGAACACAUGUGAGAAUAAUUGCGCCAUCAGAGGACGAGGCAGUCUUUGUUAACAGGAAGAAUUUCCACAGCAUCAAUGUGCAAAUAGUGUUCAAUGCGGCCUGUAAGAUUUUGGACAUUGUGGCUAAAUGGCCAGGCUCCACACAUGAUGCGAGAAUGCUCUCCGAGAGUGGCAUCAGACAGCUUUUUGAGAGACGCUAUGUGCCAGCUAAUUGCCACUUGUUAGGGGACAGUGGCUACCCAUGCAAACCAUGGCUCCUUACACCUUACCUCCAGCCACGCCAAGGGCCCCAAUUAAACUAUAACAGGGCCCACAAGACAACAAGAGCGGUGGUGGAGCGUGGCAUAGGCCAGCUUAAGAGGCGCUUUCAUGUUCUCCACGGAGAGGUGCGGCUGAGGCCUGAAAAAGUCAGCAAAGUCAUCAUAGCCUGUGCAAUAUUACACAAUAUUUGCAAGGUUAGACAAAUUGCAGAACCUCUGGAGGAUGGCGAUGAGGAUGAAGACAACGAUGAGGAUGGUGGUGAAGAAGAUAUUCACAUUCCACAGGGGAACCUUGUCGGGGAUCUGUGAGGGAGGACUCAAACGCAGGAUGAGUUUUACAGGUUUAUUGACAAACUUGGAAUAUAGAGGGUGUGGAGGUGAACACAGUCCAUACAAUAGGAAGGGGGUGCGACACAAAGACGAGCACGCUGAGGGAACGGCCACUGAGAACAGCCCA